UUAUUAACUCGGCUAUAACCGCGUGAGCAGUGUCUACGCCAAUUAAGAAGAAUUACCGUUGCGCUACCGGAAGUGGCUUGCGAACCGCUAAAACAGCACAUUUCAGUUUGACAUUCAAGCUAGGUGACAAGUAGUCACUGAGGAAAUGAGUGCAUGCAAAAGAAAUUUGGUCGAAACAUUGACAAUUUCCAGGCAAAAUAUGCUAAUUAGAUUUGGAUUUGGAAAUGCACUCAAUGCUGCUGCUGUGGUAAGAAGCCAAACAAGUCGAAAAAUAUGCGCGUGUAUAGUAGACAUGUGGAAAGACGCUACGCUUGCAAGAGAAAAAACAGUUUAAAUUGUUUACUUUGUUAUGCUUAAUAUAUACAUAUUUUUUGGAGUUGAAAAUUGUUUUAUAAAAUAUUUAAGGUYAUCUUAUAAACCUUGAAAGUUUGCAUUUUACUUAACAAAUAAUUCAAUAAAAAUCUAAAUACCUUCCACAAAAGAGCCAACAAGCAGCAUGAACGACUACGAGGAUCAAAGUGUCGUAAGCGAAGUGAGUCGCGGAAWGAUGGCCGGUGGARGCGGUGGCGCCCAUUAUGGUCGCAACGAAAACACCACUUCCUUUGGUGCUGUAAAAGUUGGUGGUUGGCGAUAUGAGGACUCCACACGUUACAUCGGUGAAUGGGAUCAGCGCGGCCAGAAGCAUGGUAUWGGUCAUUUACAAUUUCCCGAUGGCACACGUUACGACGGCCAAUUCUCCGACGGACUAAGUCAUGGCCUCGGCUGUCUAUGGUUCUCCGAUGGCGCUAAAUACGAAGGUGAAUUUAUGCAUGGUUGGUUCCAUGGUCAUGGCAUAUUUUGGCGUUCCGAUGGCAUGAAAUUCGAAGGCGAAUUUCGUGGUGGCAAAAUCUGGGGACUCGGCUUGUUGACUUUUCGCGAUUUCACAAACGGYUUUCCGCGCAACGAAGGCUUCUUUCAAGACUGUCGCCUGGUGCGCAAGCAACGCUGUCCGGACGUAGUGCAACGCGCGCAAAAAUGUGCGCUUAUGGCGCGUUCGCUCUGUGACCAUCCGUAUUAGCCUUAAGCAUGCAUGCACACAUGUACAAAAUAUACGAAUUAAUAYAGCCACACCUACAUACUUAUUCGCAUAUGCGUAUACAAACAUACAUAUGUACGAGUACGUUCCCAUAUCAGUCGGUUCUAUGGUACCGCAACGAAGUGGACUCCAACUGCUGGGUCCACAAACACACUACCAGAUGUUUCGCAAAAAGUACACAUGUUUUUGAAAUGCCACUCACUCUUGUUAUAACAAGGAAAAUAAAUAAUAUYCAUAUUAUCGUUUACGAAUAAACGUU